AUAGCACUAAUAGCCUAUUUUUUUUCCGGCGUCUCGUGACCGUGUUUACAUUUUCAAACUCGCAGUAGUUGUCUUGCGUUCGCGUUUGUGUGGUGUUGUCCAUUGCUAACCUAAACAGAUGAUGAAGUUUGCAAUAAUUUUGCUUUGCUUGACAGCCAUUUGUAAUGCUGGGCAGAUUGUUAAGCUGAAAAAGUUCAAGAGAAUUCGAGAACAUCUCCGACAAGAGGGGUUAACAUAUACGAGUAACCUUGCCAACAAGUACAACUUUGGUUCAGUGGGAGAUGGUGGACCUGAAAUAUUGAAAAACUAUCUUGAUGCGCAAUAUUUUGGGGAAAUACAAAUCGGUACUCCUGGACAAAAGUUUGCUGUAGUUUUUGAUACAGGAUCAUCGAAUUUAUGGGUUCCAUCAUCUACUUGCUCGUACCUCAACAUUGCAUGCUUGCUCCACAACAAGUACGAUCACACAGAAUCAGAUACUUAUAAAAAAAACGGAACUGAUUUUCAAAUUCGAUAUGGAUCAGGGAGUCUAACUGGAUUUUGCAGUCAGGAUGAUGUUACAAUUGCAGGAUUGCCAGCUUCUAAUCAAACAUUUGCAGAAGCCGUCAAAGAACCUGGCAUUACUUUUGUUGUAGCUCAAUUUGAUGGAAUACUGGGGCUCGGUUAUCAAAGUAUUUCUGUGAAUGGAAUCAAACCUGUGUUCAAUACAAUGGUUGAAAGUACUGGAAUGAAACCACAAUUUUCAUUCUACCUAAACAGAAAUCCCAACCAACAAAUAGGAGGCGAAAUCUAUCUUGGUGGUGUCGACACCAGUAGAUUCACUGGAGAUUUCAGCUGGAAUAAAGUUACAAGAAAGGCAUACUGGCAAAUUCAUAUGGACGGUGUUAAUGUUACUCAUUCUCCUCAUGGGAAGAUCAGGGUUGGAAAAACUACAGUAUGUGAUGGAGGAUGUGAGGCUAUUGUCGAUUCCGGAACUUCCCUGAUUGCUGGCCCAACUGCUGAAAUCAAAACUCUCAACAUGGCGAUAGGUGCAAUACCUUUCAUUGGAGGAGAGUGGUUGGUGUUGUGCAAUAACAUUCCAAACAUGCCGAAUAUCAAUUUUAUUCUGAGCGGGAAAACUUACACUCUCACACCACAUGACUACGUACUCCAGGAAUCUGCUGCUAACUCGACAAUUUGCGUUUCUGGCUUCAUGGGAAUGGAUAUUCCUCCUCCUGCUGGACCUUUGUGGAUCCUCGGCGAUGUCUUUAUGGGAAAGUAUUACACAACGUUUGAUGCUGGAAAUGACAGAGUUGGAUUUGCGACUGCUGUAAAUCCAAAGUAGAAAGUCAGGACGAUGUAUUUUGAGAAUUGUUAUCAUGAUGAUUUGGCUCUGACUGUAAUCAACAUAUCUUUCAGUAUAAAUAAUGCAUGUAGUUGAUACAAAAACACCAUAUUUCUGUUGCAAAUUUUAAUUAAUUAUUUUCAAUAUUGGAAUACAGACUACAUUACCAUAAUUUUUAUGAACACUUUACAAAUGCUGCUUAUCAAGUUUGUCAUCAUUGGUACAUUCUCUCGCUUUUCUCUUUUACUUUGUGAGCUAUCUAUGUAAUUUUUUUUGCAACAUUUUCACCUCUUCUCAAGUUCAUAUCAUUCUCUUAUUGUAAGCUUUCCAUAUCAAUUCCCGCAAGUGCAAGUUUUACGUUUGUUGCCUAAAGAAAUAUGCUCUGUAUUGCUGUAAUGUCGGCAGUUAUUUGUUUUCUGUAUUUAUGGGCUUUUCAUCAAACAUGCUGCGACCUGGCGAUGUAAUUUGGUAACUGAUCUGAAAUGAAUAGAAAAAAAGUAUUCUUGAAAGGAGAAUCUUGUUUUAAAGAAUUUCGAUGUUAAUUUACCUGCAAUAUUUGGAAUGGAAUAAUAAAUUUUGUGACGUCUGUGGAAA